AUAUGAUUAAGUUUAUAGUUCUGAUUUUAUGUUCACUUAACUUAAGUGCUACUCAAUUUGAAUAUUGGUAUACAACCUAUACAGCAUUUACUUCUACAACAAUUGAUAAUAGUGAAGGUUUAAUAAUUUAUAAUUUAGGCUGGUGGGUUUAAGGUUCAUAUGGAUAAUAGACUAGUAAUUGUGGAGGAGUUUCAUUAUUUGGAGGAUUUAAUGCAUUUGGGACAGGGACAAAAGUUUCGAAAUUAAUCAGUCUUCCAUCUCAUUUUAAAUUGAAGGUUUCGCUUCAAUUCUGGAAGUAUUUAUUAAUCAUUAAAAUAAAAAGAAUAGAUAGUUGGGAUGGAGAACUUCUAUACUUAUUUCUUGAUGAUUAUGUUUAUAUAGGAACGUGGGGCAAUGGAGGAGUUUAAACAUGUGGAAAUACUAAUUAUUACUGGAGAGAAGUUUAAGAAAAUUUAGAAUUUGUCUUUGAACACAAAUAACCAACACUUAGUAUUAUUAUGACAUCAACUUUAAAUGAAGCUAUAAAUAAUGUACAUAAUUUAAAUUUAAUAGGAAUCAUGGGGUUUUAGAGAUUUUAAAGUUGAAUAUAUAAAAUGUUCACCAGGUUGUAUCAUGUGUAAUGAUGAUACUCCUGAUGAAUGUUUAUCUUAUGUAGAAUUAGAAUCAAAUUGGUGGAGUAAUUAUAAUUUUGAUGGAUGGACACUUGAUAAUUAAAAUGUACUUACAACAAGUUCAUGUGUUAAUAUAUAGUUUGUUGGUAAAAUAACUGAGAGUAAAUAAAUAUCAAAACAAUUUAAUACUAUGAUUCCACAUUAUAAAGUGAUCUUGUAAGUUUAAUUAUGGAAAUUAGAUAUCUGGAAUAAUAAUGAAUUUUCAAUAACUCUUGAUGGAUAUGUCAUAUUUUAAACUUAAUUUAAUUAAGCUGAAUUAGUUUAAUUAUGUGAUGAUAUAAGUGGAGGAGAAAAGUUAUAUAACAUUCAAGUUACAACUAAUCACAAAUCUAAUAGUGCAUUAAUAAAAAUGAAUUCUAAUGUUGUUUCAACAAAUGGAGCUUGGGGAUUAAGAGGAUUUAGAUUAUAUAUAAUAAAAUGUUACACCACAUGUCUUUAAUGUUUUGGACCUAAUAUAAAUGAUUGUGAGGUAUGUUAAAAUGGGUAUUUUUUAAAUGGUUCUGAAUGCGUAAAUGGUAUUAUUAUAUAUCAAGUAUUUUAUAGUAAAGUGGAUUGAUGGUUUAAGAGAAUUCUAUGAUUCAAGUGAUUUCACAACUUCAGAUGGAUGGACUAUUUCCAAUGUUUAUAAUAAUUAAUCACCUUUCUAAACAUGUGAAAGUAUUAAUGUUGUUGGUGGAUUCAAUUUAUUAUCUAAGGAUGCAUAAAUUAAUUUAGUCUACAGUCUACCUUAACAUACAAAAAUAAGAAUCAAAUUAUAAUUAUGGAAAUUCGAUACUUGGGAUUCUGAAAUGUUUUAAGUAUUUGAUAGAGGAAAUCUUGUUUAUGAAAAGCAAUUCGGUUUAACUGGAAAAUUAACUACUUGUGGAUAACACUAAACAUAUAUUUAUAAAACCAAUAUAGAUUUUGAAUUUCUACAUGAUCAAUCCUCUAUCAAUCUUAUUAUGAAAACUACAUUAGAUGAAAUUCCAAGUAAUGAGUCUUGGGGAAUUAGAGAAUUUUAACUAUUAUAUGAUAUCAAUAAUAAAUGUAGCUAAUCCAUCAUUGAUACUGUUACUAUCUCCGCAUUUACAGCAAAGAAUUAUUUUUAAUCCACUUAAUAUUCAUCUGAUCAAUCUCUCUUAAAAAAAAUAUCAAUAUCUGAACUUGGAGUCAUUCUAGAACUUGAUUUUGAUUAAACUAUUUCAGUUGAUUUUAAUAUUUUCAAAUUGACUAUUUUAACCUCAUGGACAUGCUAUUCAAAUGAUUAAACUUUUUCUCUUUCCAUUUUACAAAGUAGUUAUCCAGAUUAUCAAAAAGCAACAGCUAAAUGUAAUAAAAAGCAUUCAAAUGUCUUAAAUUCUUAAUUGAUUUUUGAAAGAACAAUUUCUAAACAACCUAAAUCCUCUAAAAUCAGAUUAUUAUCAACUACAACAUCAUUAAAGAUUUUUUAAAUCGCUUAUAAUUAAGACAUAAUUUUAUACCAAAUGCUUUUAAAUUGA